AUGACCCUUGCAAUCCGAGACCUCGAUCCGGCGGUAGCCAUGCAUCACCUCAUCACGGCGUUGAUACUGGGCCCUUUUGUAAACAGCCUAUGCAAGAAGCCGCCCCGAGAUUUAGACGACCUUCGACAAAGAGCUACUAAGUAUAUGCAAAUGGAAGAAUUGGCUGAGUUCAGAAAUCAGAACCGGGCCGACCUUCUCCCGGGAAAGAAAGAAGCUGAAAAGGAGCAUCUUCCAAGGCCUCGUCACGCACCUGAUCGAGAUAGAACCAACAGGGGUCCCCGGUAUGCACAUUACACGCCACUCAACACCAGUAGGACCAAGGUGUUAGAACAAGCAUUGGCCACAGAGAUCCUCGCAGUGCCCCGCCGCGCCAUGACACCACCCCACGCAGACAAAACCAAAACAUGCCAGUUUCACAGGAACCGAGGACACACCAUAGAGGAAUGCACAGCCCUCCGAGACCGCAUUGAAGAUCUCAUCAAGUCCGGUCAUCUACAAAAUUUUACCCAACCGUCAAGUAGGAAGAGGUACGACAACUUCCAUGAUAAGAGGGAGUCCGGAAGGGGGAACCGUGAAAGGGCACCUCCGAGGCACAGAUCCAGGGAACGGACCAGGACCCCGGAGAGAAACGAUAGGCAACAAGAUCGAAAUCAACCCAGGAGGGUCAUAAACACAAUUGCCGGAGGAUUUGCAGGGGGUGGAAGCACAUCUUCCGCACGAAAAAGACACCUAAGAGCAAUCAGAUCAGUCAACGCAAUAAUGCGGGUAGGAUCGAUCCGUAUGCCGCCAAUUACCUUCACCGACAAGGACUUCAAGGGAGUUGACCCGGUGCAGGACGACCCCAUGGUCAUCAGUGUAGAGAUCAACAAUUGUAUUGAAAAGAAAACGCUGGUGGAUCAGGGAAGUGAAAGAGUGGACACCCGAGGGACGAUAGACCUAUACACCUACUUCGGAGAUGACCAGCCAAGGCGAAGGAUUAAGGUACGAUACGUGGCGGUGAAUGCUAACACCUCGUACAACAUCUUGUUGGGCCGACCUUCCCUGAACAAGCUCCGGGCUAUCGUCUCCACUCCCCACCUGGCUAUGAAGUUCCCCUCGGAAGAAGGCAUAGUUAUCACGCUGCAUGCCGAUCAAAAGACGGCCCGCGAAUGUUACUUCGCUAGCUUAAAAGUGCAACCAACUCCGAAGUCGAGAUGA